AUGUCUUCUGGGCAUAAUGAUCCGAAGCUCCUCUACGCUGUAGAGGGCAUCAACGCCUACCACAUUUCCAAUGGCAAAGAGCAGUCCCUCACUCCCUCAGGGCCUCAGACCCUGUCCCUCCUCAUGGUCCCGACCUCAUCUGGCUUUGUCGAACCUUCAGGCAGCGGCUCUGAUGGCGAGGAGGACUUCUACCUGCACCUUCACCUGCCUCCUGAGCUCGAUCUCCCUCUUCCCGCUACGACACAGAUCUACCACCAACCACCUACGAGCUAUUUGAUUCCUCGCUGGGAUCUUGGCCCCGAUAGCGGCGCUUUCACCAGGAUCGAAUUCCCCCCCACAAACUCCAGGUCGGGUGUCCAGGAAGAUGUCGAUACUUUCGAGACCAUCCUCGCCCAGUGCACCGCUUUCCUUGAAAGAGCAGCUCCUCCUCAGCCCCCAAGACCAUCCGAGAAGGCCCAAGCCAAGGCGCGCGAAGCAGCUGGCGAGCAACUCCCCGCAUACAACCCGGCUGACUAUAACCCCGGAGAAGGGUAUGUCCAGGGGAGCCAUAGCUCACAUACUGGAGGCAGGAUUGUUCUCAUCGAUGAGGAAGACGGCAGUGUCCUUGGAGAGUUGACCGAUAGCUACCAAGUGGUGGAAGACAGUAAAAUUAAACCCGGUUCCAAAGAACCUGUCGAGAUUGCUCUUCCUACCGAUGGUGGCCAGAACAUUUCUGUGCAGCCUGUGUCGCAGCCAUGGGCUGAGAUGGACAUGCACCCUGCCUAUAAAAAGUCAACAAUUGUGAAUAGUGCGAGCAAGGCAUCUCGCCUUAUCGUCACAACUUCAGACGUUGUUUCUAGAACCCUUCAGAGCCAAGCCGACAGCUUCACCAAGAACACAAAGCCCCUCGCCAAGCCUGUGACAUUUGCGCCUACAACACAUGCGCAUAUUCGCCGAAUCAACAACUUCUCUAACAAAGCAGCCACAUUUUCGGCUACCACUGUGGGCACUAUCGGCAACAUGGCACAGAACCUGGGUGCAACUGUCACGCGUCGCAAAGAUGGUAGAGCCAGGGGUUAUGACAAGGACGGUAAUGCGAUCGAUACCUAUAAGCCAGGUGUUCUGAACAAGAGCUUGAUGGCCUUCAAUACUGUCGUUGAUGGCAUUGAACAAGCCGGCCGCAAUCUACUCACCGGCACAUCAUCCAGCGUGACAACUGUUGUCGGCCACCGCUGGGGUGAGGAGGCUGGCGAGUUGUCGCGCAAUCUUGGUGGCGGUGUCAAGAAUGUGGGACUUGUCUACAUCGAUGUGACAGGUGUAUCUCGACGUGCCAUCCUCAAGAGUGUUGCUAAGGGCAUGGUAGUUGGCAAGGUCAAGGGUGGUGGUGAGAUCAUCGUGGGAGGCACUGAUAACAAUAACCCUAACUUCGAGACAAGAGAGGGAAAUGGUCAGGGCUCACACAACACAUAUGGUGAUAAUGUGAGCAUCGCCAGUGGAUAUGAUCCUAAUGUGUUAGCACAACGCACGACUGCUUGGUUCAUGUGCCGCUUUGAGCUUCUCGGUGUUAUCAUAAUUAUCUUGCGGGAGAUCGGGGAUUCUAUGAGGUCAAGAAAGGCGCAAGAUCGAACCACAACCACGAUCAUGCUCCACGAAAUCCUACUCUCCCUCUCGGGACAUCCCUCCCCGCUCCUACGAACCGAUGCAACUCGACCUCAUGCCCUCUCCGGCGUAUCACCAGCCGAGCGCCAACUCCUCGCCUCUGCCGCCCACCUCAGCGAUGUCCACAUCAAACUGAUCAGCUACACGGCCCAAGUAGCUAACUCGCACCCCUCGACCAUCUGCCGAGCCGUCGCAACAGCCAUAGACUCCAUCCAUCUAGCAGCCUUCCAGCGCAAAGUUCUCGAUGUCGAGGCGAGCAUAUUACAAGAUGACCCGGAUCUGGUGGGAGCUUAUAACAUUGUGCCGUUGACGGCGGUUAUAGGCGAGUUUAAGGACUGGACUAGGAGGAUGGAGUGGCUUUGGGAGAUGGUGCAGUUUAUGCUGGCGAAGAACAAGAAGGGGGAGACCUGCCACGGCGCUCAGCUCAUGGAUCGUCUACGAGUUGAGCUGCAGAGCGGGUAUAGGGAUGUGCAAGAGACGGCUAUGAGUCUUGUUACAGUGGCAGAAACAGCAUGGCUGAAACAGGUUUCUGCUUGGAUAUUAUACGGAAGACUCCCGAGCUUUGGAGGUGACGAUUUCUUCGUCCAGAAGGUCGAAGAGUCCGAAGAGGAGUAUAUAUCACGAUCCAGUCUGUUACCAGCAUUCGUGACACCAGCUACGGCUUCAUCCAUGCUCUUCAUUGGAAAAUCUCUAAAUCACAUCCGAGUCAAGAGCAGCGUUGACUCAGGCCUUCGUGGUCUAGAUCACCUAUCAUCAAAGCUUCAAGAAUUAUCCAGCCUCUCCUUUCCACUAAAAAGCACCAGCUUCUCAAGAGCCAUCAUCGCAGUCCGGAUAUCUCUAUCCGAAAACACGCUUCAAAAACUCCUCCCGCUAGCCAAGGUGACGGAAAUGCUACAAUUAUUGCGAGAUUUCUUCCUCCUCGGUCGUGGUGAAUUUGCAAUGCAGUUAACCCACGAGGCAGAUGAAAAAAUACGCAGUCGUUGGAGGCGAGCAGAUAACUUGGCCUACGAAAAGGGUGACGGUCUAAAGAACGUGACAGUAAAAGAGGGUGAAGUUGCAGCGGUUCUCGCAAGGACGUGGGCUGUUCUAGCAUCUAUGCAGGGUCAACAUGCAGAGGAAGAUGAACAACUUGAGCUUGCUCGAGACCUUUUACGACUAAAUCUCACCAAGAGUAAGGCAACUCCGAACUUUGGCUCAGGUUCAGGUCUCAGCCGUGAUGCUGCAAGCCUCUUAUCAGAGUCGCCUUUUCGCAACCUCCUUUUCUCUGUCCCGUCUUUGCUGUCCAUCCAGAUUCCUCCUCCGCUGGAUAUGGUACUGUCACCACCAGACAUACAAAUUUACUCUUGCAUCAACGCCUAUCUACUAUCAAUGCGCAGAGCACACAUUCGACUUACGGAUCUCUGGAAGAUUACGUCCUUGAGACGUCAAUAUCCAACCGCAAAAGGUGACCGAGAACAUAUUAUCCUUCUUCGAAAGCGAUGGACGUCUCGGUCGUCUUCAAUGCGUAGCUCUUGGACGACUGCAAGUGCUGCCAUAUUCUUCCUAGCAGAAACAGAAGCAUAUCUCCAGACUGAGAUUGUUGCUGGGCUGUGGGAGGGCUUCCAUGAGUGGCUGACAGCCAAUGAUCCCAAGCAUGGGCAGUCAAGAGCACCAACGCCAACCAAAUUACAAGAUGAAUCAGGGGGUGCUGAUAUAGAGGAGGAAGAGGAUGACGACUUAUGGCUAGGCAAUGAAAAUGACAAGCCUACAGCUCAAGACGAUAGUCCCAAAGCACGAGAUUCAACGCCCCCCCAAGAUCCUCAGACUCUUUCAACAGCUCAUCGCCUAUACCUACGUACUCUCAUUCAUCGGCUGCUUCUCACCCAGCCAACAUUUACCCAACCUCUAUAUAACCUCCUCAUCCACAUUGAUCACCUCGUUGCCCAUCUACAUCGUCUUCACGCUAUCUAUACAUCAAUAGACCUCGAGACAGAUGCCGGCGUAGUCGAUGCCUUUGUUGACCUUGAAUCUGAAGAGCGUGAUGUUAAGCGCCGUCUUCACGACAUCGAGUCCCGUGUCCGCUCCGGCAUCGAAGAUGUCGUCGCCGCCCUUCGCGCUCUCGAAUCCGACCCCAUCUUCACAGCCGAAUGGGAGGGCGACACAGCUCCCGCCACUGCAACUGAGGCAGACGAAGAGGAUCAGCGAGACGGCAGAGCCCGGGACACAGACGAUGCAGAGGAACGAGGUGGCUUCACAGCUGCACGGGUUGGUGGUAUCAAUCGCCUGCUCAUGAAGCUCGACUUUGGCACAUGGUUCGGCAGACCAGACGGCCACGAUGAUGUCGAGCAACUGUAA